AUGGAGUCAGAUAGCAGAAGCACUGAUCUCCAAGCUGUGGUCUCCAGGCGCCGAGGGGUCACUGGUGUGGCCACCGUUACUACCGUCAUGCCUGCCUCCAACACGGCCAUUGCCAUAGAAAGACUGACCCCACUGGCUGAGGACCUCCCACAGCACGCAUCCCCGGCCUCUUUUGCACAGCAGCUCUGGCCACCCGCCUCUGUUCGCCUCUCUGGGCAGGCAGCGGCACAGUAUGAGCAGGCUGGGCAACCGCCUCAGCCGAGAGCACCGAGCCUGGAGAUGAAGACCCUGCUGCUGACCAUCUUGUUGCUUGGUCUGGUGGCUUUGCCGCAGACCCAGGGUCCCCUGUCCUUUCAGCCAGAGCAGCAGAAUGCCUGGGGCCUCAUCUCUGGGCCCAGGGGAUCCUUGGGGACAGAUGCUCUCGGCCUCAGUUGGGGUCCGGAGGCCCUGAGUGCUUGGGGUCUGACCUACGGAGCAAGGGCUGGGGACACGCAGGAUCCCAGCCCUUCUCUGGGGGCUGCAGACCCUCGUGUCGGGGCUGUGGAACAGGAGCUGCUCCAGUUGGCAGGGACCUGGCACGUGAAGGCCGUGGUGGCCAACAAGACACCCCCAGAAAGGAAGAAGCCCUGGAAAGCGUCUCCCAUGACGGUGACGGCUCUGGAAGGUGGGAACUGGGAGGCCAAGGUCACCUUCAUGAAGAAGGGUCACUGCCAUGAAAAGAAAAUUGUGAUGCAGAAAACCAAGGAACCUGGCAAAUAUAGCACUUUUCAGGGCAAGAAGCUCAUAUCUGUAGAGGAGCUGCCCGUGAGGGACCACUACAUCUUCUAUUGUGAAGACCAGCGCCAUGGGAAGCCUUUUGCCAUGGAAAAGCUCUUGGGGAGGACCCCUGAGGAAAACCUGGAGGCUCUGGAAGAGUUUAAGAAAUUCAUGAAGCGCAAGGGACUCCCACAAGACAACAUGGUCAUCCCAGAGCAGAAGGAAAGCUGUGUCCUGAGAGUGACUAGACCCCAUUUCCUAUGCCAUACACCCACCACGGAUGCUCAGAGAUAGGCUCACCACGGAGGAGCCGGGUUACCCUUGGAGCCCAAAGCUGCUCAGAAGCCACUGCGUGCCAGCCUGGGGAAGGAAGAUCACUGAAGGGCAUUGGCCCUUACCCGCUGAAACCCAGCCUGCCCGCCGCUCCAAUGAGAGAGGACUCAGCCUCUCCUCUUACCAUAGCAGUCACCCGGAUCUUCAUCUCCAGGGCUCCCUUUCCCCCGUGGACCACCCCUCCCGCUUGGACCCAUCUUACCUGGACCACCCUUCUUAUCCUGACCGUCCCUCCUGCUACAGCCCUUCUACACCCCAACCCUGUGUGACUCCAAAUAAAGAGCUUUGGUUUCCUCUCUGA